AUGGCGAGUCGAGGGAGUGGGAAUGGUUUGGGGAUCCUGCUGGUUUUCUUACUGGAUUUACUGGGGACGACGGCCAGCAACAUGGAGCCCAUCUACUGGAAUUCCCUGAACGAAAGAUGUGACUGUGCGUGGGCCCCCGCUGUGGAGCCAGGCAUGAAGCCCUUAAUGAGGGCUUAUUGUCAGCAGUGGGUGGAUUCACCCAACGGGGAGCAGGACACGGGAGGCUUUGAAGUUCAGACCGUCCACCUGCAGUCGCCCUCCACCUCUCCUCCUCCCAUCGUUCCUUCCACCUCCAUGGACACAGGCCCAUAUGGACUGCCUCCGAAGAAGGAGCCAGCGGGACGCACCACCAGCAGAAACCCAGGCGCCGCAGGGAACUCCACCCAGUCUCAAAGACCCAACAGCUUCGGGGGCGAGGGUGGCGGCGAGAACGGACCCCUUCAACCCUCCAACAUCGCCCUCAUUGCUGGCGCCGCGGGAGGCUCCGCCUUUCUCCUGCUGGUGACGGCCGUGAUCUGCGUGGUGUGCUACCGGCGACGGCACGCCAAGCACUCGGACACCCACCACCCACCGCUGUCGCUGUCUUCGCUCACCAGCCCCAAGAGGGGAGGCGGCGGCGGCAUGGGCCUCACCAGCUCCAACAACAACGGCUCGGAGCCCAGCGACAUCAUCAUCCCCCUGAGGACGUCGGACUCGGCCUACUGCCCGCACUACGAGAAGGUGAGCGGGGACUAUGGACACCCCGUCUACAUCGUCCAGGAGAUGCCGCCUCAGAGCCCAGCCAACAUCUACUACAAAGUAUGAGACGGCCACUUCUCCGGCCGACUGGACACACCCACCUCCCUCCACCCAUUACCAACAAAUCCCCUGCUCCAAAUGAAGCCACAGCGAAGCUUGCCAUCACAGCUCCGACCCUGAACCCCUCAAUACGACUAGUGUUGCCCCUCUCACUGCCCCGUGAGCCCACACCCCCGGCCACAGUUGUGUUUCUCGCUGAGUAAAGCACCCCAACCCCAUCCUCACACAACUGGGCCACACAGUGUGUGUUAAGGGCGAUGUCGUAACCGUACACAGCCCUUCUUAACAAGGCCCUCACGAAUGGGUGAGAGCCUCUGAGUGCCCCCUUCUUGUUAACUCAGAGCUAAACGAGCCCCACCCGUGCUGAAUAGAAGAGUUGUUCCCCAAAAUGCCAGUGUGGUGUGCAGCACACACUCUUUUUCUCGGAGUAUGGACCUGGCGUUGGGACCCGCGAUGUUUUAAAAAAGAAAAGAACUACAACAGCAACAAAAAAAAAAAAAAACUACACCCCUGAACCCACUUAGCACCGGAGAACUCUGAUUCCCGGAGGCCAUACCUGCCUAUUCCACCAUCCCGCCCCUCAGAGCUCCAUCAGCCAACCAGAGACCGGCCCCUGCCACUAACUCACCAAUAGGAUUCUAGUUUGUUUGUGUUUGUUUCUCCUGAGGAAACAGGGGCCUCAGACUCAACCAAUCAGCAAGCCUGGGCGACGGUCACAUGAGCGGGCCGGGGCCUGAGGAGGUCUGACCAAUCGGUGACACUCAGAAUCUUGUAUAUUUUAAUAAUGUGUGUGUGUGUUUAUGUGUGUGUAUGUGCUGCUGAGUGAGUGUGCAUAGGACUUGGAUAAUAAUUAUGGCGUUGCUGCUCCACAUUAGACGUGUGCGUGCAGUUAGCGCGCUUCAGUACAGCAGGUUUGCGUACGCGUGUGUUUAGCCGGCGUGUGUGUGUGUUUAAGCUUUGUGUGUGAGCGACUGUGCGUGCGUGCGUUCUUUAGAAUUGUCUUAAAUACCAAAACACAAAAUAGUGAGCGAAUAUCAAAAAAAGUGAGAUUUUUUAUCACUAUCAACACUUAUAGAUUAUAUAUAUGAAUAUCCAGUAAAUAAUUUCUAGAUGUUUUCUUCAGUUUUCUAUUGUUUCGUUAUUUUUACCCACUCUGAUAAAGUACACUUCUGUUGAUAGACAUUUUUAUCUGCUGGUUUUUUUUCCACAACUUAAAACGACC